AUGGGCAUCGAGAUUCAGACCAUAGUCGAGGCCGACUUGCGGCGCUGCGCCGAGAUCGAGGACUUGGCCUUCGCGGAGAGCCCGCUCAAUCAAGUGCUGUUCUCCGGCCCCUUGCCGGAGAACAUGUCGGAGGUUCGAGCAGACGAGAUGGCCAAACAGCUUCGCGAGGACACGACCGUGCGCAUGUUCAAAGCAGUGGACACUGCGCUCUCGGGCGACGAGGCGAUCAUUGGUUGGUGCAAGUUCAAUGUACACGCGGAUGGCAUGCCAGAGCCAAAACCGCGAGAGGUGCAGCCGGGGUACAACGAGAAGGCAUACCGCAUGAUGUUUGGCGGGCUGGACGAGAUGCGCAAGCGUUUGAUGGCAGGGAAGCCGUCCGUUUAUAUCCACAUCCUCGUAACGGACCCCAAGCACCAGCGGCGCGGUGCUGGUCUCCAGCUGAUGACGCCGGGGAUGCAAGAGGGUGCUAGGCUGGGGGUACCGGUGUAUCUGGAGUCGUCGGCGGCCGGCCAUCAUUUGUACACCAAGGUUGGAUUCAAGGAUGUUGAAGAGCACCGGGUGGACUUUGGCAGCUUGGGCGUCGAUUUGGUUCACUUGAACUGGGCCAUGAUCUGGGAACCGCCCAACCAGCGAUGCCCUUGA